AUGCGUUUUCCGGUCACUACACUGUCCACAAACCUCGGAAAUUUAUGCAGCAAAGUGAAAGAAUUAUUGACAAACAGGAAAUGGAAGGAAUUAAUUUUCCAUUACAGAGAGAUGAACAGCUCGGGAGCUCGGCUGACUGACCACACAAUUUUUCCACACAUUCUCAAGGCUUGUUUAUCUCUGUCAUUUCCACUCGGCGAGUCCGUCCACGCUUCCCUGAUCAAGCAGGGAUUUGAGUCCUUCGGCACGUUGAGAAAUUCUUUGCUAGACUUUUAUGUGAAAUCCGGCAAACUGGUUGCUUUUGAUCUCAUCGAGGCCAAAGAUUCCGUUUCAUGGAAUAUAAUUCUCCAUGGCCAUUUCCAUCGAGGUGCUUCUGAAGAAGGUUUAAAGUUGUUUGUUCGAGCUCGAGAAUUUGGAUUCGAACCCAAUGUUUCGACUCUGGUACUAAUAUUUCAGGCAUGCCGCAGCAUUAAAGCAUUCGAUGAUGGCCAGAAAUUUCACGGCUACUUGAUUCGAAGUGGGCUGUGUAGCAUUCUCUCAGUGAGAAAUUCUCUACUUGGUAUGUACACAGAUAUCCGAAUGGAUUGGGCAGAAAGUCUUUUCGAUGAAAUGGAUGAGAAGGAUGUAAUAUCUUGGAGUGUGAUGAUCGGAGGUUACGUUCAUGGCGAUGAAGCCGUACUCGGUUUAGAGAUGUUCAAACGUAUGGUAUUGGAAUCGAAGAUCAAAGCAGAUGAACAAACAAUGGUAAGCGUACUCAAAGGCUGUUCUAAGUUAUCCGACAUCAGGAUGGGGAAAUCAGUUCAUGGAUUUGUGGUCAAGCGAGGUUUGGACUACGACACGUUCUUGGGGAAUACUCUCGUCGAUUUCUACUGUAAGUGCGGCGAAGUUGAUUCUGGGGCUCGAGCAUUCGUUGAGAUGCCUCGUAAGAAUGUAGUAACCUGGAAUUCUAUGUUGUCGGGAUAUGUUCACAGUGAGAAUCAUCUAGAAGGGUUGGCAUUGUUUGCCCGGAUGGGGGAGUCAGGAGUCGAUGCUGAUGAAGUCACUCUAGCGAACCUACUCGUAAUAUGCCGAGACUUGAGGGACCUACGUCGAUGCAAGACGAUUCAUUCUAGAGUGAUUCGGAGAGGCCUACGAUCGAAUGACGUGGUGAUGAACUCCUUGCUCGAUGCAUACGCGAAAUGCGGUCGAAUCGAUCUUUCGCGACGAGUGUUCUGCGGAAUCGAUGCUCCCGAUAUCAUUACCUGGAGUACGAUGAUCUCGGGCUUCACUCACUGUGCGAUGCCCAAUGAAGCGAUCGCUCUAUACCGGGAGAUGCAGCUGUCGCAUUUCGAUCGAAAUCCCGUCACUCUGCUGAACCUUCUUGAAGCCUGCUCGGUUAGCGCCGAAAUUGCACCGUCGAGAUCGGCUCACGGAAUCGCCACCCGGAUGGGUCUGGCGUCGGAUGUUGUCGUCGGGACAGCGUUGCUUGACAUGUACGCAAAAUGUGGGGCGAUCGAAAUGUCGAGAAAGGUGUUCAGCCAAAUUUCGGAGACGAACAUCUAUUCAUGGAGCGCAAUCAUCGCUGCCCACGGCCUCAAUGGUCGCCCUCGAGACGCGUUGUCAAUGUUCUUGGAAAUGGAACGUUCCGGAACGAAGGGUAACUCGGUGACAGCCCUCGCGGUCCUAUCCGCGUGCUGCCAUGGCGGAUUAGUGGAAGAGGGAAUCGCAUUCUUCAAAGACUGGACCAAACAUCACCCCGGCAAUAACGACGACGAAGAACUAUACGCGUGCGUCGUCGACAUGCUGGCACGGGCGGGAAACCUCGACGAUGCAAUGCGGCUGAUCGGGUCUCACCGGGACUGGGGCGGGGCGAGCGCGUGGAGCGCGGUCCUGAGCGCAUGCAGGAACUACGAGGACCGGGAGCUGGGCACUGGGGCUGCGUCGCAGGUGCUCGAAAUGGAGCCGUGGAGCUCGGCCGGGUAUUUGUUGGCGUCGAGCGUUUGUGCGAACGGAGGGUCUUGGACAGAUGCGUCGAGGCUGCGGCAAAUGAUGACGGACCGAGGAGUAAAGGUGGCGGCGGGUUAUAGCGUGGUUCGUGUAGAUGGCCGAGCUUAUGGGUUCACCGCCGGCGCCGGAGAUGAUGGUGGCGUUGUUUGUGGCGUGGCGGAGCAGCUGCAUGCCUUCAUGAGAAUGAAUUCUUGUUCUUGUUGCUAGGGGUGCUGUAUAUGCUGUUGUUUGUGUUUUUAAUCUUCUUCUUGUGUUAUACCAUUACCAUUUAUUGGAAAUUGCUUAUUUUUACUAA